UUCUGUACAGAUUUCGUGUGUGCGUUGUUGUCAUCAAUUUUGUACGGCUUUGAUUCCAUAAAAAUAAUGAAGGUCAAUCCAGAGGAAACUUUAAAAGAAAAAAAUGUUAGUCUCUAUACAGACGCAUGGGAUCUAAAAUAUGAAGGGUUAGUGCCACCUGGAAAAUGCAUGGAAAUCAAUUGUUCUUUCGGAUAUACAACGAGACAUUUUCUUUUGCCAAAGAUACAUAAAAUGCUUCAUCGAAAAUCGACAAUAAUAGGUACUGAUAGUUCAGAAAGCAUGAUCGAAUAUGCUAGGAAAAAUUAUGAUAAUACUGACCGAAUCGAUUUUGAAGUUCUUGAUAUUCAAACGAAAGGUGUUUUGCCGGAAAAAUAUAUCGCCGAAUUUGAUCAUAUAUUUUCAUUUCCCACCGUGCAUUCUCGUAAUGAUAUUCUGCAAGAGUUUCAGAAUGUUUAUAAGAUGUUGAAACCUGGAGGGAUAUUCCAUUUAAGUAUGAUUGUAUCUCACGAUGCAUUUAAAAUAUAUGACUGUAUGAAAGAUUAUCCAUUUUAUGGAUCAUAUUUCGAGAAAUACACUUCGCCGUUUCAACAUGCAUGUGGUGCUGAUACAGAUGUAUGUCAAUUACUACUAAAUGCCGAUUUUUUUAUAAAGUACUGCGAUCUUGACAGUGUCGAAUAUGAAUCCAAUUAUCUUUUACCCUACAUUUUUUGCGGCCUUCCUUUUAUAAACGAGAUGUCACCUGGACAACAAAAGUAUAUGGAAAAUAUAUUUACAAAUCAAUUGAAUGUAAUGAAAGGAUCCGUUUAUCAAAGUAAUUUAAAUACUUGUACCGAUAAAUAUGAUAUUGUAUCAAUACACGCAAUUAAGCCAAGGAUUAAACCAGUAACAAAGACAGUAAUAAAAAUAUAUAAUUAA